UGCAUUUCAGCAAACAUUAUUCCUUCUGUCGAUUAUCAUAUCGUCCAUCAAUGGCUUCCAAUCACAAAGGAUUGGCUAUUGUGAUUAUGGGCGUUAGCGGGUCUGGGAAAUCAGCUUUACAUGAACCUCUACAUGUGGCCACACGAAUGUGGCGCAUGUUUGGGACAUCUGACCUGUGCAUCAGGUGAUCCCUUCUGUUUGGAUGAUCCAACCCAAAAGUUGAGCCAGUCAAGUCAGCAGGUCUUCGUUGUGAUACAAUCUGAUGUGUGGCUCAGACAACCCACAGACAUGCCAAGCCGAGUGUAUAGGACAAUAGGUGAGAUGCUUGCUAUUGCCAUGGGUUGCAGCUUUCUUGAUGCUGACGAUUUCCACCCCCAAGCAAAUAAAGAUAAGAUGAGCAAGGGUAUCCCCCUCUCCGAGGAAGACCGGAUUCCAUGGCUUGAAACUCUACGUGACACUCUCCGAGAAUACAUGAUGAGUGGCAAAACCGUAAUCCUUGGCUGCUCUGCUUUACAAAAGAAAUACAGGGAGAUACUAAGAUCGGCAGACCCAGCUCAUGAGCCGGGAAGCUAUGAUACUUGUAGGAUGAAAUUUGUUUGCUUGGAGGCUCCGGCCGAGGUGAUAGCUGCCCGGCUGCAAAGGCGUGCGGAGGAAGGGAAGCAUUACAUGCCCACAAGCCUACUGCAGUCACAGCUAGACUUGCUUCAGAUCGACGAUGGAGAAGGGGUGAUUAAGGCCGACGCCACACUCAGUCCUGAGUCCAUCGUCGCCAGAAUACAAGAUACGAUUUUCUGAAGAGGUUUGCUCAAAUGCCUGUCAGAACUAGCGGUUGGAUUGGUUUCUUCCAAUGACCCAAAUAGUUUGUGAUAGGGCUCCCCCUAGACGGGAGAUGCCCAUAAAAACUCUUGGAUUGAAUAUUUCAAAUUUCAAACCAUUGGUUAUACAAAGUUCACAGUGACCAUUCAUGU